UGUCCGCGCUGUGGCAGGGGGGGCCAAGACCGGGCGACGGCCCUGGAGAGUCACCACGCCGCUUGAGGCAAGGGAAUAAAACUUGGCAGAAGCACCGUAACAAAAGAUGUAACUGCUUGUGCUGUUGGCUUGCUUGGGUUGCACACAUCAACAGGUUGGUUUUUUGCCCCGAAUAAAUAAAAUUAGCUGUUCCUCACUGUCCUCCAAACCCAGCACAGUACUGUCCCUGUUCUCAUAAAAGUGAGUCUCGAGGAGGGAUUUAACAGAAGGGUCUGUUUCAGGACGAGUGUGUUUUGCAUGGGGAGGGAAUAGUGAGGUCGAUGGGAGAAGUAGGUAACAGUGUUUGUGACUAGGGGUGUUGGCAGAAUGCAAGAUCGUUGUGAUAAUGGGCUGAGGUGAGAAGCUAGAGGGAAGCAGAACUGGAGAGCCCUUACGCAUGAGGUGGAGAAGCUCUGUCCUGAGUGGAAAAACAGGAAGUCAGUGGAGGGAGUCAAGGUGGAUGGAGACAGAACAUGAGGCAAGCAGCAUGACCAUCACGAUAUUGGGAUAAGUUUGGUGUGUGGUGAAGGACCCACACGAGAGGAGAUUGCGUGGAAGCUAACGAUGACCAGACCAGACUUUUAUAUGGACAGAAUAUAGAUGAGCAAUACAUAUGUAUAUAUUUUUAAAACACUUAUGCUUGCUUUGACUUGACCCAGCUGACAGGAGAAAAAAGGGUAAUUUUGCCUGUUUCUUGAUAUACGAUAGACCUGAUCAGGGACUGGUGAAAGUUGAAACUAACCUGGCAAGAAGGUUAAUUUCAUCUGAGAUCAGCUCCCUGAUCUGGUUCACUGCACGGUUAGGCAAACCCUUGUCUUGGCACAAAGGAAAGGAAAGAACCAGAGCAGGGGAGUGCCUAAGCAAUAGGGGAAAAUGGGGCUGCAGCUUUCACCAGCAAUAUGGAUCGUACCUACUUUAAGUGACUGUGAAACUAUAGCGUGUUCAUAUUCAGUGUUGCAGCGUUAUAUUGAAAAUGUCCAGAUGCUGCAACAAGUAAAAUCUGUUAUGCUAGACACUGCAUUUGCGCAGAUGCUUUUAAAGGCAGCAUGAUGAAAGAAAGAGCAGGCAACUGGAAGUACAUAGAUAGGAGGACAAGAGACUUUUCUUUUGUGAUAGUAAAUCUUUUGCACAAUCUGUCUGGGGCUCUUGCAAAGGCAGGCAGUGGAAAACUCUAAUCUUUAUAUGUUGUAUGUACAGGAAACAAGAUAAGAUAACUGUUUCUUUUUUCUCCUUUUCAUGCUGCAAAAAAAAACAGUGGCCAAGAGCAAAUCUAAAUACAUUCUGGUGAGGAUGACAAGCGCAGCAGAGACAGGCUACUGUUUCAAUGUCAGGAGACUCCGGCUACAGGAAAAACUGGUCCUGCUGAGAUACGAUCCUCUUGCAAAAAAGCGUGUCCUCUUCACAGAGAAGAGAAAAAUCCGUUCUAUCUGAACAAUGACUGGACUUGAUUUAUGCAUGAGGAGAGGACGGCUGGGGGGAGAACCGGGUGAACACUGAUUCAGAAAUCCUGCAACAUGGGCUGAAAAGAGGAAAUGAACUGGGAUCACCGUCUCCUGUGAUUUGAAGGCCAUUGUGAAUAAAACAAUGUAGAGAGAGAAAAUUCUUAAUGUCUGGACAUAGAUCAUCACAGCAACAUUUAUUUAUCUUUUGAGUUAUUUUUACAGUCCUCAAUUAAAAAAAAUUAAAUAGCAAA